CAGACAGACACUGGAAUGAGUCUUUGGCCAGCAUCUCCUCCCCUCACUUGUGAUGGACAAUGUUGCCACAGAAUGAGAUGAAGUGCAGCAAAAUACUUAAUCCCUGAACAAGCAGUCUGUCCGCAUCAGGUGUUCAACAGGACUUCCAAACCGUCUGACCUUCUCAUGGCAAUGAAGAGCUGGACCACGGGUACGCAAUGUGUUGCCAAGGGAGACCACAGCAAGCCCAAACCUGGAGAGCUGUUGUACCACAAAGGAGACAUACUCACUAUUGUUGCCAUGACCACGAGUAAGAGAUUCUACAAAGCCAGACACAAUUCCACAGGAGAUGAAGGGAUCAUAAAUGGGGCCGAUAUGCGUGAAAGAGAAGCUAUGCGCAUGGAUGCAAGCCUGAGCCUCAUGCCAUGGUUUCCCGGGAAGAUCUCGGGCCCAGAGGCUGUCCGCAAGCUGCAACCGGCCCAGGACGGCCUGUUCCUGGUGCGAGAGUCGAUCAGACACCCUGGUGAUUACGUGCUGUGUGUCAGCGUCUGUGGGGAAGUCAUCUACUACCGAUUGAUGUAUCUGGACAACAAGCUGACCAUUGACAACGAGCAGCAUUUCUACAACCUCAUUGACAUGAUAGAGUUUUUUUUUAAAAUAAUUAUUAUUUAUUUGUAUUUAUGCUAUCUUUUUUUAUCUAAAAAAAGAAUUUACAUUUUUACUCUGCUCCUCAUAGUGGAGCCAUUUUCUCAUUGUUUGCAAGUGUGCCUAAAGUACUGUCCCAUGAUUGUACAGAGCCAAUUUGUAGUUCUCCAUAGUCAUGUCAUAAUACACUGCACAGUAGUGCAAAGUGUAUUGGCAACCACCACGGAGGUUAUUUCCAUCUUAAAAUCAUGCAGAAAAACAACAACAACAUGGAUUACUUGCCCAUUAUUUUACCAUACUAGGCAAUGUGACUUAUGUAUAACCUCCAAAUGUGGAACACAACACAGUGACGCCAAAAGAGGAAUACAACAAUGUGAUUUCCAUGUGUUGCUCAUGAGUGUCACCCUUUUAAAGUGCUUGUUUCCCUUUUUGCAGUUCUACUCGCAGAACAAGGGUGCCAUUGCUCAAACUCUACUGAAGCCAAAACCAAAACAUGGAGUUAAGUCAGCUGAGAUGGAACUGACAAAAGCUGGAUGGCUGCUGGACAUCACCACACUGACAUUUGGACACAUUAUUGGAGAGGGGGAGUUUGGUGCUGUGUUCGAAGGCGAAUAUUUGGGCCAGCGGGUGGCGGUAAAGACCAUUAAGUGUGAUGUCACAGCUCAGGCCUUCCUGCAGGAGACCACAGUGAUGACGAAGCUACAACAUAAAAACCUGGUGCGCUUGCUGGGUGUCAUCCUGCAUAAAGGCCUUCUUAUUGUCACGGAGCUCAUGACUAAGGGAAAUCUGUCAAACCUCCUCAAGACAAGAGGCCAGACGGUCGUUGGUGUGCGUCUACACGGCGACGUGAGUGAGGGAAUGGACUACCUGGAAUCCAAGAAACUGGUUCACAGAGACCUGGCGGCUCGCAACAUCUUGGUGUCUGACAAUGAUGUGGCCAAGGUCAGCGACUUCGGCUUGACUACGACGACCUCCAGGGUGUGGGAUAACCAACGUGCCAAACUGCCUGUUCGCUGGAGUGCCCCUGAAGCUCUGAGGGAAGAGAAAUACUCCACAAAGUCAGAUGUUUGGAGUUAUGGUGUUCUUCUAUGGGAAAUCUUCUCCUAUGGUCGUCAACCAUACCCAAAGAUGUCUCGAAAGGAGGUGAUAGCCACCGUCCACUCGCGCUAUCGCACGGAGGCACCAGGGGACUGUAUCCGCUGCUGGGCCAAGGAGCCUCGCAGAAGGCCCGCUUUCCACAAACUGAGGGAGAAACUUGCACAAGAGAUGCCUAAACACAGCCGUGGUUUUGAGUCGGAACAACAAGAUGGAAUCGGGCGUGGAUCUGGAUGUGGCGGUCUGACGACGUUUUGAAUUGCAUCUCUUGGACAGUCACGGAUUUUCUUCCACGUCGGACCUGUUAUUGAACAUUAUGGAUGACAAAUCAUUCAGGCUGGUCAGUUCAUUAGGUACACCUGUACAAAUGAGAGCUACAUCUGACAUCACGUAGGGUUAUUUCUUUUUUCUCUUCUCUCUCCACAUCAGACGAGGUCUACUCAGCCUUACCUUGUUGUUGAAUGUUACUAGUGGUUUGCACCUUGUUUUAAACCCUUUUACCUUUCACCUAUGCAUCACCAUUUUUGGGAUUUCUUCAUGGUCUUCCAGAUUUGUUUCAUUUUAAGAGUGACAGCUGAGUGACAGCUAAGCCUUUUGCUAUCCCUCUAUAGAUGAAUGCUGACGGAUGUUGAUUGAUGCAGGAGCUUGCAUUAAACGUAUCAUUUUUGGUCGUAAUUUUUCUCACAUUUUUGCGAUCUAUUGUUCCACGUUUCAUAAUUCCUGUACCAUUAUCCACUGUACCUGUUUCCGAUGGAUCUGCAUUUUCCCUCACUGAUUCGUUGAGCGGUGCAGCCAAAAACUGCACCUCUCUCUCUCUCUCUCUCUCUCUCUUUGUCACUCUCUCUGCCUCUCUGUCUCGCUCCUUUUCGACUUUCUAACCCAAUUGGGCGAGGCAGACGGCCACACCACAAUUAGGUCUGCUCAAGGUUUCUUCCCAAGAGGUAUCUUUUUCCUUGCCUCCAUUGCCUAGUGCUUGCUGAUGUAGGGCUCAGUUGGUCUUUUGAGGAGUGUGGCCUUAGACCUGCUCCAUGUGUAAAGUGCCCUGAGACAAUGUUUGUUGUGAUUUGGUUGUGGCGCUAUAUAAAUAUUGAAUUGAAUCUUCCUAUCGUUCUUUCUCGCUAUCUUCCUGGUGUCUUCCAAUCCAUCUUUCUUUGUACCUUCCCAUCAAUUAUCCUAUCUUUCUAGCUAGUGGUCUUUCUGCAUUUCUAUCUUGCUUUCUGUCUAUCUAGUUAUCUUCCCCCCCCCCCCCCCCCCCCAGAUGUCUUUCUUUCCUUCUUGCAUAAUGCCAAAAGAUUAAUAUGUCAAAUUAUUGAAAGAAAAAAAAGUGCAUAAAACUGGUAUAAUUUAUUAAACUAUAGAAAUGUAACAGUGUGAAGAUAGGCAGAUAGUAGGUUAUCAAAACUGAUAACCUACUAUCUGUCGUUAUGUCUAUGAGACUUGGUUUAAGUGCAUAUGCCCCCCAGGCUGCUUUGUAUCAGAAACGUAACGUAAUGAAAUGUUAUUUUGCUGCUGGCCUCGAAGCAAUUUCACUUGAGGAGUCAGCAGAAAAUGAAGUCCCUUUUUCUAGAUUGUUGCCACAUUGGAUGAGCGCGUUGGGGGAGAUUUAAGUCGGUGUAAGCUCAGUAUUUGUCUCUGUCCCACGAGACACAAAACCAAAUUGAGGGUUGAUCCGUAUCACCCAAUGAACCAGCGUCGUGGAGCAUUGCUUCAAUCUGCUCAGUGUUUUUUUUGUUGUUUUUUUCUCCCCCUCAAGACCCAUAAUGGGAUGAGCUGCAAUGUUCUACACAAGGAUUUACCACAAAACCAAAUGUAAAAAAAUGAUGAUGAUGAUAAUAAAAGAUU